AUGUCUUCGGAGGGAAGCUCGAUCAGUCCAUCCAUGGAAGAAGCACCUCCAGCAUACUCGAGCGUUGAUGGUAUUCACUCCAUAUCUACACCACAUUUUCAUAUGCUGGAUUACUUGAAAUCGAGACUGGUUAAAAAAUUCUCCAAUUACAAUAGUACUCUUAAAAUCCUCAUUUUCAGACAUCGCCUGAGGUUAUAUGAACUUUACCAUAUGCAAGAUCAUACAUUGCCCGUACAGAUACACCUCAUCAAACUCGGAGUUGAUGCUCCUUGUGAAAAUAUGAAUCGGUCGAAGGGAGAUUACAACCUCCAGCGCAUGAAGAAUAUCGAGAUUUCGACGAUUGUCAACCAGGAAAUCUCAUUUUUUGUUCGAGUCUAUAAGCGAGGUCAUAAUGGGAAACAUCUAUCGCAAAAGGAUGUGAUUGAUUAUUUUAAUGCGUGGGACUAUGUGGUUCAAAUGACGCAGCCACAACUUCGAAGUGCACCGAAUCUCGUGAGGGGUAGUGAUAUCAUGAGGAGAUGGUGGUGCAAUGAUAAUUCUAGUGAUUAUUCAUAUCUUCCUCUCUUGGAGUCAUAUUUCCCAAAAAAUUAUCUCUGA